CCGCGGCUCUCUGUGCUCUCUCUCCCCCGCUGCGGCUCUCUCUGCUGCCGCUGCGGUGAAUCUCCGCUCCGCUGUCAGUCACGGUGCAGUCAGGCAGCCGGUGGCCGGUGGUCGGUGUCCAACCGUCAGAAGUCACAAUCCCCGUUGAAACAUCGUCUUUUCCUGACCCGUUAACUCGGCUCUAACUCACUCUCCCGGCAGCUGUUCAUCUUCUGGCGGCAAAAUGGGAAAUGAAGCCAGUUAUCCUCUGGAAAUGUGCUCACACUUUGAUGCUGAUGAGAUUAAGAGGCUGGGAAAGAGAUUUAAGAAACUCGACCUAGAUAACUCCGGCUCCCUGAGCGUGGAGGAGUUCAUGUCUUUACCCGAGCUGCAGCAGAAUCCGCUCGUGCAGCGAGUCAUCGACAUAUUCGACACCGACGGAAACGGGGAAGUCGACUUUCAAGAGUUCAUUGAAGGAGUUUCCCAGUUCAGUGUGAAGGGAGAUAAGGAGCAGAAGUUGCGCUUCGCCUUCAGGAUCUACGACAUGGACAAAGACGGCUUCAUUUCCAACGGCGAGCUCUUCCAGGUCCUGAAGAUGAUGGUGGGAAACAACCUGAAGGACACGCAGCUUCAGCAGAUCGUCGACAAAACCAUCAUCAACGCGGACAAAGACGGCGACGGCAGGAUAUCCUUCGAGGAGUUCUGCGCGGUGGUCGGUGGACUGGACAUCCAUAAGAAGAUGGUGGUCGACGUCUGACACCGUUCAUUUUCCUCCUCCUCCGUUUACUGAAGAUCUGUCUGAAGACGUCGUCAAGCAAAAUGUGUUUCCUGUUUUCAAAGGAAGUAUUUUGUCUGUGAACCCCCCCCCCCACCCCCCUCCCCCCCCCUCCCUUUGAAGCCAAACGUUUACCAAGUGUUUCUGGGCGGGAACUCUCAGUGACUCGACGUUGCACUUUAACAGCUGACGGACGUCUUUAAACGCAGAGCGAGGGUGUGUGUGUGUGUGUGUGUGUGUGUGUGUGUGUGUGUGUGUGUGUGUGUGCGUGUGUGUGCGUGUGUGUGCGUGUGUGUGCGUGUGUGUGCGUGUGUGUGCGUGUGUGUGUGUGUGAGUGAGUGUGUGUGAGUGUGUGUGUGUGUGUGUGUGUGUGCGUGUGUGUGCGUGUGUGUGCGUGUGUGUGCGUGUGUGUGCGUGUGUGUGCGUGUGUGUGUGUGUGAGUGAGUGUGUGUGAGUGUGUGUGAGUGAGUGUGUGUGAGUGUGUGUGAGUGUGUGUGUGUGUGUGUGUGUUGGAUGUUCCACUGGUUUUGAAGGUGUCUGGGUUUUUCUAUUUAUUUGUGUGUCGCCUGUUUCUCAUCAGACUGUCGUGACAGUGAAUUCAGCAUCAAGUGCCAACGAGAAUUUACUGAGUGUCGGCUCUUUGGUUCAGUGCGUUUAUCUCUGCUGUGUUGCUUCGCUAUGACUUGGACGGGACGGGGGAGGGGCGGGGGAGGGGCGCGGGGGGGGGUCUGCAUGGUUUUAAACUAACGACUGACUCGUGUUUGAUUUUCUUUUGUUGUUAAGCAACAGACUGGACGUAACAUCGACUCAGUGUGGAGGUGAAGUCGGAAGCUGGUCAUUAAGAUGACUCCUGCAAUUAGCAGUUCUUUUCUUGAUUAAUCAGUUAAUGAAUUAAAUGUCAGAAAUCGGAGAAAACAUCUGUCCCAGCUUCUCAGAGUCCAAUUCGCAAUCAGAGCGGUGGCCAUUUUAUUUUCAGGUGGUCUAUAUCUCACCUUGAUGGAACAAACAUUCACUUUGGACUUGAGAAUGAACUGAUUAGAUUUUAGUGACUAAAAGUCAAAGGUCAGUGUGACCUCACAGAACACUUUUUAGCAAUUCUGACAAAACUUCACACAUGGUUCAUAUAUUCUGACAAUUAUCAAAGUUGUUGCCAAUUGUUUUCCCACGAUCGACCAAUCGAUCGGCGGUUGCAGCUGCCGCAGGAUGUUCAGGAGUCUGAAGCCACUGAGUCGAGCAGCUGCAGGAAGCGAAACAAAAACACCGUUUCCUGUGGUUUAAUGAGAUUUUGUAAAAUAGAAAAACAAGCUUCAGCUGUUGAUAAGGAAUCAGCUGUAAAACACUGGACGCUGUCGUCACCUGAGUCUGUUCAGAUCUGUUAAAGACUUGAAGCUGAGAGGAGUUUUCUUCUUCGACAGUCGCUCUGCUUCAGACUUGUGAUGUGUUGCAUGACGUGGAGGUGAUCUGCUCUUCUCUCUUUCUUCUGCAUGUAGAUCCGAUUUCAUUCAAGUUUUUUUUGUUUAGUUUCUUUGUUUUUCAGGCUGGUCCCAGAACAUUUGAUGAAAUGAGCAAAAUGUUUUUGCAAAUGCAAAUGAUGUGUUCAGUGCAUGCUGCGUGACGCUAAUGUACCGGCUACGUCUGAACACUUGCACUGACGACGCAGCGUUUCCUGUGUGGUAGAAACUUUUCUAGUGAAACAGUGAAAUCCAGUGUAGAGUUGCAGUUUUUGGUGCAUGUUAAAUAGUUAGAAACUAUCACUAUUUUCAGUAGAAUUUAACCCUUAAACCAAACUGUUAAUUAGCUGUAAUCGUUUCCCAUGUUGAUGAUGUAAACAUGGUGUCGGGUUGUGUUAUUAUCUGAUGAUGUUAGACGAUGUGUGACGUGAUAGUGACAUCAUUUGUCUUGUAUUUAAUUUUGUAUUUCAGAGAGUUUUGGCUCAUUUCAUGAAAUUCAGUGAGACUGUCGUGUUUACAUUUAAACGAUGGUUGUUGCCAAUCAAAGGUUUCAGUAACUCAGACGACUGAAGUCUCUGGUUUGUAUUUCUUCACUUUUUAUUUCUUUGGUUGCUGAUUUUUUUUUAUGUACAGAUAUUUGUGAUAAACAGUCGGUGUCAAAGCUUCCUGCUGGUUUCACUUCAGGUCGAUUUCUGCUGGUUUAAAGGGAAGUGACUGAGACGACGAAGCUACAGGUUCACUCUUAGAUUUUUACUCCUGUUUUCAACACUGAAACUUCACAUGUGGAAAAAUGAGAAAUAAACUGUUUGAAAGUU